CCGUCCCCCCGCCCCAGGCCCCGGCCCGGGGAGAUGGAGCCGGUCCCCGGGCGGCGGUGGCAGAAGGUGCUGUACGAGCGGCAGCCCUUCCCCGAUAACUACGUGGACCAGCGGUUCCUGGAGGAGCUGCGGAAGAACGUGCACGCCCGCCGGUACCGGUACCGGGCCGUCGUCUUCCAGUCGGGAGCGGUGGUGCAGCAGCUGUGCAGCGUCUGCGUCUUCGUCGUCACCUGGUGGUACAUGGACGCCGGGACGCUGAGCCCGCAGGGGCUUUUCGGGGCGGCCCUGGUCUCCUCCCUGCUCGGCUAUGUCCUCUUCGACGCCGUGGACGGCGGGGCCGGGCGGCGGGAGAGUGGGCGGCCGCGGUGGGCCGACCUGAAGAGCACGCUGGUGUUCGCCGCCUUCACCUACGGCUUCUCGCCGGUGCUGAAGACGCUGACAGAGUCCAUCAGCACGGACACUAUCUACGCCAUGUCGGCCCUCAUGCUCCUCGGUCACCUCAUCUUCUUCGACUACGGUGCCAACGCCGCCAUUGUCUCCAGCACGCUGUCCCUCAACAUGGCCAUCUUUGCCUCGGUGUGCCUGGCUUCCCGCCUGCCUCGCUCCCUCCACGCCUUCGUCAUGGUCACCUUUGCCAUGCAGAUCUUUGCCCUCUGGCCCAUGCUGCAGAAGAAGCUGAAAGCCCAGACACCCCGAUGCUACGUGGGGGUGACGGUGCUCUUCGCACUGGCAGCGCUGGCGGGGCUGGCCACCGUCUCCAGCGUGGGUGCCGUGCUCUUUGCCUCACUGCUGCUCGCCGUCUCCUGCCUCUGCCCUUACUGCCUCAUCCGCCUUCAGCUGCACAAGGACAACAUCCACGGGCCGUGGGACGAGGCUGAAAUCAAGGAGGACCUCUCCAGGUUCCUCAUGUAGGCCUGGCCCAGGGGGAGAGGGGACUUUCUGCUGUGAGCAGUGCUCACAGUGCAAAGGUCCUUGCUGGGGGACAGCCCUGGGGGGAGGACACCAGCCCAAUAAAGCGUCUCG